UGGCAUGUUCAGGCUCUAGUUCAUUCAAGCAUCAAUGAGCUUACAUUCUGGUAUUUGGUGGUUUUUCUGGAAAGCAGUCUCCUGUAGGCCACUGUGCAGGCCCCCAGCCCUAAUCAUAUUAUUUCAGUUGGUGUGCUGGACUCACCUUCAGUGCGCUCCACUAUGGACCGCAAAAGGGAUGACUGGCACAGGACAAGAAGGGAGAGGAAGACCUAUGCGCCGGAGAAUGAUGGAUGACAGGAGUACUAUGCUGCACAUCCUGGAGGAGCCUCAGAUGAGGAGGGAAGGAGAGAGGAUUCGAACUUUUCACAACUGGCCAGAAGACGCUCCAGUCACAUCUGGAGAGCUGGCCAAAACAGGCUUCUUUUUUCUUGGAUCUGGGGAUAAAGUCCAAUGUUUCUGCUGUGGAGGGAUUUUAAGAUGUUGGGUGCAUGGAGACAGCCCAGCAGAUGAGCACAAGAGGCAUUUUCCCACAUGUAGUUUCAUUCAGGGACGAGCUGUGGGAAAUAUUCCAAUCCAAACAGGAUCCUCCGACUCUGUGGACGGCCAGCUGCUGAGCCAACUCCAGAGGAUGACCAUGGAUGACCAGGGGACAACUGGGCAAGCUGUCUACCCAGAGAUGGACGGGGAGGAUACCCGGCUCACCACUUUCCACAACUGGCCCACUGAGGCCUCUGUCCAGCCAGAUGUUCUCGCCAGAGCUGGAUUUUUCUACACAGGUCACGGUGACAACGUCAAGUGCUUCUACUGCGAUGGAGGGCUGAGGAACUGGGAGCCGGGGGACGACCCCUGGCAGGAACAUGCCAAGUGGUUUCCACGAUGUGAGUUUUUAAUCCAGACGAGAGGACAGGAGUAUAUCAGCAACAUACAGGAUGCUCACUUCCAUCUGGGUGAUAAUGUGGGUGGAUCACAGAGCUCCAUGGGCAGAGACAUCGGAUCCAGAAACGAUAUGGUGGGAGGUCUGGCAGCUUCCUCGGCCAUGCUGUCUCCUGUGGUGCAGACGGUGCUGCAGAUGGGCUUCGAAUCCAGCAUGGUGGAGAGUCUGGUUCAGACUAAGUACCUGCUGACAGGCCAGCACUACACCUCUGUGUCUGACCUGGUCAGUGACGUGCUGCAUGCGGAGCAGGAGGAGGGACAGAGGGGGUCACAGAGCAGAGACACUGGAACAAGGCAGGGUCCCAGUACUGGAAAUGUGAGGACACAAACAACCAUAAGAGAGAGAGUGAAGGAUCCAAGCCCAGAGGAGCUGCUGAGGCAGCUGCAGGAGGAGAGGACAUGCAAGGUGUGCAUGGACAAACUCGUGUCCAUCGUCUUCAUCCCCUGUGGACAUCUGGUGGUGUGUGGAGACUGUGCUGCUAGCCUGCGUCACUGCCCCAUCUGCAGAGCUGUGAUCAGAGGCAGCGUGCGAGCGUUCAUGUCCUGAGUGAGAGGGCACUAAGAGACAGGUGUUGCAAGUGUGGCAUCAAGCCCUUAUCCAUGCUUUCCCCCCCUUUC